UUUUUUCAGGAGGUUUUUAUAUAUAGUAUAAAUCAAAGCCUCUCGGUGCCCAUAUUAGUCCAGCAGCUGCCAAUCAUGAAGGUCGCCGUGUUCUUCGUCUUGGUGGCGGUGGCGGCCGCCGCCCCCCAGCAGGGCCGCGACGCCCAGAUCCUGAAGUUCGAGAACGAAAACAUCGGCGUCGAUGGAUACAGAUUCAGCUACGAGACCAGCGACCCCAUCUCGAGGAACGAAGUCGGGGAAUUGAGGAACCCGGGGACUGACAACGAGGCCAUCAGCGUCCAGGGGGAGUACAGCUACGUGGGACCCGACGGAAAGACUCACACGGUGACGUUCGUAGCCGAUGAGAACGGGUUCCGGCCCCAAACCAAGACUGCCCGCAAAUAGUUUACUUGCGAAUUUUUGUAAAUUAUUUAGUUUCUUCUUGCACCUGUAUUUAAGAGCACUUUUUGUAUCUUGCGAAUAGAUGAAUCGAGUUAA